GGAUGCAGGUGGCAGGUAUAUAACCUAACCAACACCCAGCCGACACAUGUAAGCGGGCACGCACUGCGCGCGGCGUACACGGUACCCCGACACGUCGGUACGCAGCCCUAUCGACUCGUGUACCCGACCCGAUGCUGACAUGGUCCCCCCAAAUCACAGGCGAUCUAUUGACGCUCCCCGCGCUCGACCUCAAGCGAUACGUGCAAUGCUCAUCCGACACGUGCAGGGCAGGCGUGGGCCUCGUGCAGUACGCCGCUCCGUCAUCUCAUCUCGAGGCUGUCUGGAGGAGAGCCUUCUCGUGCAUACAAAUGCGUGUUCGUGUCCCUGUUUUGCCCUCACGAUAGCCGCUUCUAGGGCUAUCGUUGUCGUCGUCUGACUGCCCGCGGCCGGGUGGGCAUUGUUCUUUUACAGUACAGUAACAUCCGGAUCCAUAACUUAGGCAAUCGCGCUCAACGCGAAGCACCUCUA